AUCCUCAAUCUUCCAAUUUGAAAAUCAGCCAACAUUUUCUUGUAUUCAAGUCGCCAUGUCAGCCAAUAUCAAGACAACAAGCCCAGCACCAGAGAAACUUGUCUCUAAACUCCUAUCUACAAUCGAGGAAAGCAUUAUUCCCCUUACACAACAAGGAGUCUCAAGCGGUUCCAAGCUCUUCGGUGCGGCUAUCCUAUCUCGCAAAGAUCUCACACCCUACACUCUUGCCACAAACAAUGAGCGCGUCUCCCCACUCCUCCACGGUGAAAUCAACUGCAUCCAGCAAUUCUGCAUGAUCGACUUUCCAGACCCAGCAACGCGCCCUCAUCCAGCAAACGACUGCAUCUUCCUCGCCACACAUGAGCCCUGCUCAUUAUGCUUGAGCGGCAUUACUUGGGCCGGCUUUAACGAGUUUUACUACCUUUUCACGUACGAAGACAGUCGAGAUCUAUUUGGGAUUCCGUACGACAUCGACAUUCUACAGGAAGUGUUUAGGGUCAAGGGAGAAGGGGAGAGUGAAGAGCAGGUUCAGCAGAGGCAGUUGUACAACCGGAAGAACAAGUUCUUUACUGCGAAGAGCUUUGCGGAUGUGGUGGGUGAGAUCAAUGACGAGAGCGAGGGGGAGAGAUUGCUCAAAGAGAUUACGAGGGUAAAGGGUUUGUAUAACAGUUUGAGUGAGACGUAUCAACAAGGAAAGAAGGCGGGGGCUGAAAGCUCGAGUGUUUGGAAGUAAAGAAAUAGGCAAUCACUAAUAUGAUGCGAAUAAACCAGCAUGAUGAGGGUACGUGUUGUUGAUGGAGAAUUGACCACCAUUAUUUCCACUUCUGCAGGGUAUCGCCCUCCGGCCCCACGUUUACUUAUCGAUAACAAAAUUCGUCUACCUCAGCCCCUCCAAAUUCACCUCAUCUUGGUUUGUAAGUAAUAGCAAAAUUUGAUUGCGUCAGAUAUUUCUGUUUAAAGUACU